AAAGGAGCUUGUCAGCACCACCAAACUCGAGACUCCUCACCCAUUUUUGUUUGGGUCCUCAACCUCGGAGGAGACGCCGUCGUUUCGAACGUCGGUGCCUCCGACGCCGUAGGCCUCGACUCUCGAAACCUCAACAAUGAAGAAAACCUCUCGCUUUUCCGUACCCGUAAGCGUCGUCAUUUUGGUUAUAGGUUUCAUUUACUUUUCGACGGUCUUCGUCUUCAUAGAGCAAUGGUUUGGUCUCCUCACUUCUCCUGGGUUAAUGAACGCCGUCGUUUUCACGGCUGUUGCUAUUAUGUGCGUUUUCAACUAUUCCAUCUGCCUGAACACGGAUCCGGGUCAGGUUCCGUCGACAUUCAUGCCGGACGUUGAAGAUUCAGACAACCUUGUUCACGAGAUCAAGCGCAAGGGUGGGGACUUGAGGUAUUGCCAAAAGUGCUCUCACUAUAAACCACCUCGUGCGCAUCACUGCCGUGUCUGCCAAAGAUGUGUUUUACGAAUGGAUCAUCAUUGCAUAUGGAUAAAUAAUUGUGUUGGCCAUGCAAACUAUAAAGCCUUCUUCGUCUUCGUUGUCUAUGCUGUAAUUGCUUGCUUCUAUUCCCUGAUUUUGCUUGUAGGUAGUCUGACAAACGAUUCUCAAAAUGAUGAAGAUGGAAGUGGAAGCUCUUUAAGAACACUAUAUGUAAUUUCUGGGUUGUUGCUAACUCCCUUAGGUGUGGCACUGAGUGUACUCUUAGGCUGGCAUAUCUAUCUAGUUUUGCAAAACAAGACCACGAUUGAGUAUCAUGAAGGAGUGAGAGCAAUGUGGCUUGCAGAGAAAGGAGGGAAUAUCUAUUCACAUCCUUAUGAUCUUGGUGCAUUUGAAAAUCUAACAACGGUACUAGGUCCAAGCAUCUUCUGCUGGAUUUGCCCUACAUCAGGACACAUAGGAACCGGCCUUCGUUUUCGUAAUUCCAGCAAGUUUUCCGCUGCUGCUGAGUCGCAGUCAAAAUGAAGUUUGUUGGUUCUCAAUCUUGGGGUUUGCAUUGGCCGACGAGGCUGACAAUGUGUGAAGAUGUCUUUGCAGUCCUUUUCAAAUCCCCCUGUGCAUAAAGGGUAUACCAUACUGUUAAGUAGGAGAAACGGAUUCUUUCAAACACGAGUUCAAGUGAGGAGCUUGAGGUUGAGCUUGUGGUCCUUGUCAAUGGCUGAAUCUGAGUCUAAUUGUUAUCAAACAACUUUUGAUUUAACUGCAACUGUUGAUAAGUUUUUGUACAAAAGAGGGAAUCACCCUCUACCUCUCACCAACACAACACUAACAACAGUUGUAAGCCUUUGUAUUAACCUUGAAAAAGAAGUAAUUGAGAUUCUUUGUUUGCUUU